GAACGUAGUACGUGCUGCUGAAAAAUGACUGGUCGCGGAAAGCGAGGAAAAGGAUUGGGAAAAGGAGGAGCGAAGCGCCAUCGUAAAGUUCUUCGUGAUGACAUCCAGGGAAUUACGAAGCCCGCUAUCCGCCGUUUAGCUCGUCGUGGUGGCGUCAAGCGUAUUUCUGGCUUAAUCUACGAAGAAACCCGAGGUGUCUUAAAGGUGUUCCUUGAAAAUGUCAUCCGCGACGCGGUCACCUAUACCGAGCAUGCAAAGACGAAGACUGUCACUGCCAUGGACGUCGUCUAUGCUCUGAAACGUCAAGGACGUACGCCUUACGGAUUCGGCGGUUAA